UACCGUGCUGUUGGUUAUACGCUCAGUCGCUGACUAAACGUCCCAUCAAAAUGUAGAUACAUUAUCCUCGGGUUUUCGUCGCGUGGGGUGUCAGUCGGAGUCUAUCGCGAAGGAUCAGUCGAAUUCCAGUGAUCUACGUGAAAUCCUUACCCGUUUUCUCAACUGACGAAAAAAUGUGAUGCGUUAUCUUCGAAAAACACGAAGUUUCAAAGUGUGUUGUAAUCUCAUCCUGUGAACGGGAAUACGUGAUAUACCGCGUGUCUCGUCAUUCGUGUUUGCAACUUGGUAGCUUGUUAAAGUAGCUAUUUUCAUCUUCGCGUUCGCGACGAUAUUCAUCCUUGAGUAGCUCGUCGGAGUAGCUAUUUUGAUUGUAUUAACGGUGCUCUUCUUUUUUCUCUUCUCGCUUUUGCGAUAUUCGUGCGAACAUUUCGGAUCGUGAUAAUUACGUUUUCUCGUGCGAUAACAUGGCAUAGUGCGUGUCAUCAAAUUCGCGAUAUUUAUAAUCAGCAAUCAAUUUCGACUCGAUGUACGAAAAUAAAAUCGUGUCGCGGAAGUGCGCGCUUUGCUCGCCGAAAAAUCGAUAAAUUCUCUCUCUCUCUCUCUCUUUGUCCCUUCUUCCUUCCUUCGCUAUCUCUCUUUCUCGUUUUCGGUCCGUCUUUUCUCUUUGCGCCGCGGCGCGAGAUAUCCUUUGUUCGAUAAAUCAACGUCGAUUUCAUCCCUACGCGAGCAUCAAUUACAAGACUCUUCUCGAGACAUUAAUUUAUUAUCGGGGAGAAACGUAAUCUCACAGGCGAUUGAUACACUCGUCGCUCCGGCCGAGUAACACAAAAACAAUCGCCGGCUCUCUUUUCGCUAAUAAACAAAAAAGAAAGGAGAGAAGAGAGGAGAGUGUACGCGUUCAAGCAGCUUUUGGCAGCAAUACGAAGAUGUCGGACGAACUGCUGUACUCCACCUUGGGCCUAACGAUGGACACCGGUGUCGAGAGGCAAUUACUCUCUCCGACCACGAUAAAUUUACCGUACGAUUACGAGGUGUCGUGCGAGACGCUCAGCGACGAUUUCGGGAUAAUAUCGACAGCCAGAGAGUCGAACAUCGCGACGAAUUCGAGAGAGAUGGAUUGCUACACUGACUUAACUUACUCCACCAAGUCGUCGUCGUGGAACGACUGGUUGCCUACCAAUACGCUUACAUCGUCAGGUUGUCUAAGCGAAUUGAGCGAACUGGACUCUGAGCUGGACUGGUGUCUGGAGAAGAGCUGGGACUCCGGCCUGCCGGAAAGGACGCCGCUGUGCACUGCGGGAUGCGAAGGAUUCCUGCAUCUGCCGCUACCGAAUCCGCAGCAGACGCCGCAGUGCGAGGAGCCGUUGCUAGUGCUUGGGAUCGACUUGUGCGCAUUGGAGAACACGCUAGGAGCGAACACGAUAGAUUAUAACAACAAUCAGUUAGACAACAGUCUCCUAAUCUCGUCAGCAGCUACCGCCGCGUUAGCGACACACGAUUACACCAAUCGCAGUUUAGCGACCGCAGCCGAGGACCGAUGCUUUCCAUGUACUUAUCCAGGAUGUGUGAAGGUCUACGCCAAGGCGUCCCACUUGAAAGCUCACUUGCGCCGGCAUACCGGCGAGAAGCCAUUCGCAUGCACAUGGCCCGGCUGCGGAUGGCGUUUCAGCCGAUCGGACGAGUUAGCGCGACACCGGCGCUCGCAUUCGGGCGUAAAACCUUAUGAAUGCGAGAUGUGCUCGAAGAAGUUCGCGCGCAGCGAUCACCUGGCCAAGCAUCGCAAAGUGCACCGGAAGAACGCCUAUCCGUUGUUCCACGGGGCUAGAGGGCUGCGCGGUGACAAGAUGAACGUUCUACCAGCGGAGAUUUAGGAUCGACGCGAGUCGAAAUCGCUCAUUCGCCACCGAUGCGGACAGAAGACGAACACGUUAACGACAUACCUUUUAUAUACUAUAUAAGGAUUGACGAAUAAAGUACUUAAAAGUACGUAAAAGCUAACCGACGUAUGGAUAACUCAUCGAACGAGUGACGCAAACCGGUUGUUCUUAACGCUCACGGAGACCAACAGCCGUCUGAAGAGUGGAAGAGACGUCCAAGUUUUCUCUUUUUACUCACGGAAAUCGACGAGACAUAAGUGAGAAUUAAGAGAUGAAGAAAAGAGUUCGUUUCUACGUACUGCCUGAAGCAAUGGUAUAUCUUGUGACUUCACAAAAUGGAUACCUCGCAUUCAAGCGUUAAGAACCAUUGGGUGCAAACUGUUCGACAAAACGAUAUAGCGUUCUGUUUCUACGAAGAUCGAAGGAUUUAUCAUGUAAAUUUUUAAGAUAAAUGUAGAUAUAUGUCGCACCGCAACUCUUCUAUUGCGGAAGAGCAUAAUCGACGCGAUCAACUGAAAAUUAUAUUGAAUCCAAAGAGAGAUUACUUCGACCUAGUAUUAGUGCGAUCAGUCCUUCUUAGCGGCAGUUAAAAGAGCUACUUCGGUAAGAAAUUUUU